UCGGCACUGAGAUAUUUGCACCAAUGGCUCAGACUAAUCUACCACCGCUGGGGCCAUGGAAGGUCACAGUGUAUGACCAGGGGCACUUCCAGGGAAAACGAAUGGAAUUCUCCUCUUCCUGUCAGAACAUCAUGGAGUGUGGAUUGGACAACAUCCGUUCCCUGAAAGUGGAAUCUGGCACCUGGGUGGGCUACGAGCACUCCAGCUUCUGUGGACAGCAGUUCAUUCUGGAGAAGGGGAACUACCCUUGCUGGGAGGCCUGGAGCGGAAGCCACGCCUACCACGUCGAGAGAUUGACAUCCUUCCGCCCACUCUGCUGUGCUGACCAUAAGGAGUCCAAGAUUGCUGUCUGUGAGAAGGAGAACUUCACUGGACGCCAGUGGGAGAUAUCUGACGACUACCCGUCUCUCCCGGCCAUGGGCUGGCCCAGCAGCGAGAUCGGAUCCAUGAAGGUCCAAAGUGGGGCCUGGGUUUGCUACCAGUACCCCGGCUACCGCGGACACCAGUACAUCCUGGAGUGUGAUCGCCAUGGUGGCAACUAUAAACACUACCGGGAUUGGGGCUCCCAUGCUCAGACGUUCCAGGUGCAGUCCCUCCGUAGGGUGUAGCACGGAGGGUCGUGGACGAGAGCCAGUGGGCGG